AGGGCAUGGCCAUGGCGACCAUGCGGCUGCCGCCGGAGGCGUCCGCGCCCGGCGAGCCGCCCGGGCCACGCGUGGGCUCUUCGCUGGAGGCAACCUUCGGGAGGCCCGAUUCCAAGGAGGUGCCCGAGCGGCCCACUGCGACCCCGGUGUUCUGGCCCAGCAGCUGCACGGAGAAGAGACCCUACUAUUACACGUCCGUCGAGCCGUUCCGUCCCCACUCGCAGAGCAGCAACCGCGGGUACCACCCCAAGCGCGGCUUCCAGGUCACCGAUCACGAGACCAUCUGCGUCCCCGCGCGCGAUAAGGUUAGGCGCACCAGGCGCGGUAUCACGAGGUGUUCGCGCGGCGCCGAGGUGGUCUACGCCGCCUCCCAGUGGACGGCGCUGGAGCUGGACGCGGAGGAUCUCCUACGGAUCAUGCGGGACCUCAAGCUACCAGCGAACCAGAGAGCUUGGACCCUGCGGAGGAUGGACAAGACAUUCGCUGACAUGACGGGCAGGAAGGGCUGCUGGGCCCGCGUGGGGCUCCCUUUUGAGGCGUACCUCGCCCUGUUCCCGAGGACGUUCGACGUGUACGGCGCCGCGGGCUCCAGGUGCCUGCGCGCCCUGCACGGAGCCAUGGCGCGCGUGGCCGACAAGGGUGAGGACGUCAUGGUGCGCCUGGCCCUUGCGCUGAGGACCGGGCGCGUGGAGGUGCGGCCCCCCUUCGAGCAGCCGCCGGGCCGCACGGCGGCCACGGUGGAGGCCGAGGCGCUGGCGGCCGCCGAGCGCGCCGCCUCGUACUUGGGCGACUCCGGGGACCAGUGGCCGACGGAUUCCGGCCCCUUCGCCGCCACGCCCGGCGGCGGCAGCUCGGCCUCGGGCGACGCGCCGAGGCUCCCGAACCUGCAAGGCUCGCUCGUCAAGGCAAUCUACAGGCCCUCGAGUGCUCCAUGCUGUCCCCAAGCGUAUCGCGGAGACCGCACCCGGCCGGCCUCGGGCUCCUCCGGCGCCGCCGGGGCGCGGGGGCGCCGCAGGCCCCACAGCAGCCCGACGCGGCAGGCCGCGCCAGGCUGAGCGCGCGUGCGCCCAGACGUCGCGCGCAGGGGCCGACAACACGUAGGAGGCGCGGGAGGCCAGAGCCACGACGGCCGAGCGCUGCUGGCGAGGCGAGCAGAACACCUGCGGCCCCGCGGCUCUGCAGCGGCGGCGAGCCCAGGGUUCUACAGACAUUGCGUGGUAGGCCUAUCGGGAUGCCGGGAUGGUCGGCCCCUGCUCAAUUGUGCGCUGCAGGUCGUGGGCGAGACACAUUGCAUCCGCAUCCGCGGCCUCGCGGGCUGGGCCCUUGUGCCUCGACCCCGCGGAUGUGUGGCGUUUUGCCGCGGGUGCUCUGCGAGGAACGUAUCCGUGAGGCUGCGUAUCCGCGGGAUCGGGCCCUGGAAUCCAUACCGCGAGGGCGUGAAUGUGGAUAGGCUCGUCGCUCGUGAGCAGGGCCGUCAUGGCAGUCGCGGGGGCCUUGGGGCGCUUGCCGAGGAUAGCUUGGUCCCGCGGCAACUCAUGUGGGCCUCAUGUUUUGGUCCCAACCAUCCUGUGGUGUUGCGUCCCCAUUUUGAAGAGACGGUCCCCGCGUUCCCUCCCUCCCUCCUCCCCUCCCUCCU